CUCGCCUCCUCCACGAGACGGAACCUUUCGUUCCCCCCAUCCCACUCUGUCCAAAUCCGCCUCAUUCUCCUCCAUCCCGUUUUCUGUUCAUCCAUCGAGCAUCGCAAGCCGCCGACCUCGCGCGCAACUCGCAUCUGCUACGGCGAGCUUGAGCUCUGGCCUCUUUCUAGCGACCUGUCCGCCACUCACCCACCCCGCCCCUCUUCCUGUCGCGCGUCACCGCUCCGAUUGUCCUUCUGUGGCUUGCGACGUGCACCCGCCCGACCGACCGCCUUUGCCUUCCGUCGAAACCGGGCCUCCUGCGCGACGCAACAAGACGACCAACCAAAAUGGUGGACAGACCAAACAAGCCCUCGGCGCUCACCGCGACGCCGGGCCUUCCGCCCCAAGCCCAAGUCAACAUCUCGCACGGUAACUCGCGCGUCACGGCCACGCUGCCCACCGGCGAGAGUGUCGAGGUGUUGCUGUUUGGUGCCACGGUGCUGAGCUGGAAGGACGCCUCUGGUGACGAGAAGCUGUGGCUCAGCGAGAACACCAAGCUUGACGGCACCAAGGGUGUUCGAGGAGGCAUCCCGCUGGUCUUUCCCGCCUUCGGCCCGCCGGACCCAGACCACGCACCGACGUCCGAGCUACCCCAGCACGGCUUCGCCCGCACCGCCCGAUGGGAGUUUCUCGGCAAGUCCACGAGCGAGGGCUCCUCAAGCUCCAGCGUCAAGCUCGACUUUGGUCUUUCGCCUGAGAACCUGGACGAAGCCACGCGCACGCUGUGGCCUUAUCAAUUCGGCCUGCUGUACAGCGUGACGCUCGAUCGUGAGAGCCUCAACACGACGCUUGUCAUCAGCAACGACGGCGACGAGCCGUUCGAGAUUCAAACUUUGCUCCAUACGUACUUUAGGAUCAAUGACAUUAAUUCGGUCGAGGUCAGCGGCCUCGAGAACUCUCCCUACACAGACAAGGUCGAUGGCGCCAAGGCCAAGACAGAAGGCUCCGCAGCCGUCAGGUUCUCGGGCGAGACGGACCGCGUGUACACGCCGGCCAAGGGCCCCAAGCACCCCGUUGUCAUCUCGGACGGCGGCCGCCCGCGGUUCCGCAUAGUCCGCGACAACCUCGACCAGGUGGUGGUCUGGAACCCAUGGACCGAAAAAGCCGCCGGCAUGGGCGACUUUACACCCAAGGACGGGUUCCGCAACAUGGCUUGCGUCGAGGCCGGCAGCGUCCAGGGGUGGCAGAAGCUGGACAAGGGCGAUGCUUUCGAAGGCGCCCAGACCAUCUUCCUCUCCUAGAUGUAGUGGAUCCAGAUGACAAAAGAGUGUAACAAGUUUCUGUCUCGAGCGCUCGGCCCAAUGUGACGCUGGGUGAUGUUUGUCGCAAGAGCGCGGAGCCAACAGAUCAGUAGUGGAAUAUUAGACGCUGAUAAGCAUACCACGGCGAUUUGAGACGCAAAUAAACAAGCCAGAAUUGCCGCCAAGGGCUGUGAUAUUGCCAGUUUCUUUAGGAAGUUGGGCCCAUGCUCUGUGAUGUAGCUGCUUUUGUCCUCUUCCACUACAUACUCGCCUCGUCUCAAGCGAGCUAAACCUUUUUGUCCCAGG